UCUGAUUUACCACAUUUCCUUCAGUCUUUGAACGCAGCCCCGUGCAUGCCUUGACGUCCACUUCCAACAUUCUCGCCCUGGAGUGAUUCAUGUUGUCCUGAGUGCAGACAGGUACACCCUGUGCCCACAAACUGCAAAGAGAAGUCCUAAUUAUCAGUUGGUUUUCGGGCGCAGACAUGCCCGACUCUGCAUCCAAUGAGCCCGGAUCGAAGGUUUCAGAUCCUCAGCAUUCCCAGAAACUCCUCAGGGUUCUUCGCACCUUCUGGCAGGAGCAAAGUUUCCACGAUGCGUUGCUGGUGGUGGAUGGAGAGGAGCUUCCCGUCCAGAAAAACAUCCUGGCUGCUGCCAGUCCUUAUAUAAGAACCAAGCUGAACUACAACCCUCCUAAAGAAGACGGGUCCACGUACAGGAUCGAGCUGCAGGGCGUCUCCAUGGCGAUCAUGAAGCAGAUCCUGGACUACAUCUUCAGUGGUGAAAUCACUCUGAGUGAAGAAACCAUCCAGGAGAUGGUCCAGGCGUCCGACCUGCUCCUCAUGACCGACCUUAAGUUCCUGUGCUGCCAGUUCCUGGAGAGCUGCAUCACCGCCGAGAACUGCAUCGGCAUCCGGCUCUUCUCCCUGCACUACUGCCUUUACCACGUCCACUACGCCGCCACUGAGUUCCUGCAGACGCAUUUCCGCGAUGUGGCGUUGACCGAGGAGUUCAGGGAGCUGCCGCCGGACCGGCUUCGCGAGGUCCUGGGCAUGGAGAAGCUGAACGUCGGCAACGAGAAGCACGUCCUGGAGGCCGUGGUGAGAUGGUUCGGCCACGAUCCGGACGACCGCAGGGUGCACAUGAGGGAGGUGAUGUCUGCUGUGUGGCUGCAGGGUUUGGACUUGAGCUACCUGAGAGAGCAGACCAUGGGGGAGCCGCUGAUGAGGGAGGUGAUCAGAGAAUACUGUCAGCCGGUUUUAUCGGCCGGCCAGCUGCAGGGCGCAGACAUGUUGGCCGCCUUCAAACCCAGAGGAUACUCGGAGUGUAUCGUCAUCGCAGGAGGAGAAGAUCGCCAGAGCAGGAAGCCGACCGCCGCCACUCGCUGCAUGUGUCCGCUGUACGACAUCAACAGACAGAACUGGAUCGAGCUGCAGCCGAUGAGCGUCGCCAGACUCGGACACGGAGUCGUUGCUGCCGAGGGUUUUCUGUUCGCGAUGGGAGGAACCGAUGAACACAACACAGUUCUGGGCAGCGGAGAGAAAUACGACCCCGACUCCAACAGCUGGAGCUCCAUACCGCCGAUGCUCCAGGCUCGGCAGAACUUCGGCGUGGUGGAGCUGGACGGUCUGAUUUACGUCCUGGGAGGAGAGAACGACGUGACAGAGCUGAUCACCGUGGAAGUGUUCGAUCCUCACUGCAGCACCUGGAAGAUGCAGACCAGCAUGACGAUGAUACGAAAGGUCGGCUGCUACGCCUCCAUGAAUAAGAAGAUCUACGCCAUUGGUGGAGGCUCGUAUGGGAAACUGUUUGACUCAGUCGAAUGCUUUGACCCUAAAACCCAGCAGUGGACAGGUCUUUGUCCUCUGAAAGAAAGACGGUUCGGUUCCGUUGCCUGCGGCGUCGGUCAGGAGCUCUACGUGUUCGGUGGAGUCAGAAGCCAAGAAAACGAAAACCCCGAACAAAGACAAAUGAUGACCUGCAAGUCCGAGUUCUACCACGAUGAGAUGAGGAGGUGGAUGUUCCUGGACGACCAGAGUUUGUGCAUCCACACCAGUUCGUCCUUUGUUUACGGCGCCGUUCCCAUCGGAGCCAGCAUCUACGUGGUGGGAGACCUGGACACGGGCGCCAGCUUCGACUACAUCCGGGAGUUUCGUCGCAGCACCGGGAGGUGGCAGCGAACCAAACCCAUGUUCCCCAGCGACCUGUCGAAGACCGCCUGCGCCUCGCUGAGGAUCGCCAACUGUCGGCUGUUCCGCCUCCAGCUGAACCAAGGGAUGUUCAGGAUCCGAGUCUGAGUCUGCAACACCGGUACCGUUUUAUGGAAACAUACUAACACUGAUGAAACGUUCUAGUCGUGUUGAAGAACGUGACUCCGUUCGAUUCGAUUCGAUGGGACGAAAGUUCAUCUUUUUUUUCUUUCUUAAACAAACCCAAGUAUGUUUUAUUUUUUUAACGUGGGACUUGUUCAUUUUUAGGUUUUAUUUUAAUGGACAUUCCUCGUUUGUGACGUUUACUGGUGAAAGAUUUUUAUUUGUGGGGCAGAUCUGGUUAAAGUCAACCUGCUGUGUUUCCCAUUAUUGUGCCCGUUGCAUCGCUAUGCUACAUGCUAACUUUGCACUUUCCACCUCGGUUGUAGAGAUUUGAACGAAGAGUUGUGUAAAAAACAACGUAUAUUGGAGCAAAAAUUGGGGUUUCCCUUCAGCUCUUCACAAAAAACUUUGAUUUCUAUAUACAUUUUGUUGUUCUUGUCACUUUGACUAAAAGGAAACACAAAAAUUUGCAUCCGAGAAAGAAUAUUUUAUAAACAUUUGCUUCAAAAAUCACAGCAAAGUCUAAAUUAAAUUCAUAUUUAUUAGAUAAAAGUUGAACCAAAGUGCUGCACAGUUAAAAUAACUAUGAGUAAAAGAUAAAUCAGAAUAAAAGUGCAAUAAAAGUUGAAGUCAGAAUGUGAAGUUCUGCUUAAAUCAAUAGGUUCUGUUAAAAUGUUAACGCUACUACUAGUUUUACUGAUACUCCUUAUUGAUCUGGUGCUUUAACUGUACUCUUAUCUGUACUUUUUGAUUUUUUUUUUUUUAGGAGAAAAACCCUCAAAACAAAUCAAGAACAGAAUUAUUUCCUCAGACAUGCUGUAUAUAAAUUAACAAUCUGCCAUAAAAUUGUUCUGAACCAAUCACUAUUAUAAACUAUAAUGUUAUAACGAGUAUGUAAAACACAGAUAAUAAUUAUUUGCAGCAAAAGAAAGCAAACGUUAUAGACGCUAACGUUGGGUGGAGACUUAAAUCUCCACUUUGACCAGAUGUUAGGUAAAAGUUGGCACAUUGUGUUGAUACAACCUCUUUUACUCUCCACUUUUAGGUAUAAAAGGAAUGCAGGACUUUUAUUUUGACAGUAUUUUCACUGUCAAACGUGAAUAGUUCUAUGAAGAGAACAGUUAAUACACUUAUUCUUCCACUAACGCGAAUAUUCAGUUGAAGAAACAGUGAAAAUGAAGUAAAAGGAAGUUUGUCUGCAGCCCUAAAACCACUAAAUCCUGCUGUUCUGUGCUCUGAAAGUGAAAAUAAAAUUCAGAAUUAAUGAACACAGUUAAACAAACAUCUGGAGAAUAACUACUUGUAACCAUUAACCCAUGUUCGUAUAAUUAAGUCUGUGUGCAAGCAUAACAUACCUGGUUAUUGAGGGGUGAACCACCAGCUCAGGAUUUGGAAAGCAAAAAUGCAUCUUGUUUUAUGGUGCAACACAACGUCGGAGCUCAUUGAUCCUCUGGUAUUUAAAAAAUUUAGCCCCUGGAUGGUGAAUAAGGUGGUGCCAACCCAUUUAAAACCUUGAAAACGAGCAAUAUAACCUUAAAAUCAAUCCUGACACGAAUACGAAGCAUAAAGAGAGGACAGUGCAAAAUAGAAAACCGGAUAUCCAGCACAUAGAAUCCUUUUUUCUUGUUCUAACAUCCUUUACUGAGCUUCGGUUCCAGUCGUUCUUCGUCUUUAAUGCUGAUUAAUGUCUUAUAAAAGUCAGACUCACAUAUAAGAAACAAACCAGUCGAUGAAUAUGCAGGUGAUCAGGUCUAAAAGAAAGAAACGUAAAGAAUUUAGUGGUUUAUUUCUAUGUUUAGAGGAGGUUGGGGUGGAUGAACGGUCAACAAAACAUCAGACUUUAACACUGGAGAGAUUUUCUUUAACCAUAAUCGACAGCUAAAGAGGGAUUUGACCAUUAUCUUGGAAACUUUUAGAUCUAUCAAUCUAAAAUUUCAUGAAUAUCUUAAUAAACAUCCAAAUAUAUGCAAAAAUUUUAGGCAGAGGAGAUACUGUUGUAAAAAUUUGAUGAUUUCACAUGGAAUGACCCGUAAAUGAACAUUUUUGUUAUUUAUUUUUAAAAAGUAAAACAUUUGGACAUGGUUAAUUCCUGUACUUUAUCAAAAAACCCAUUUAAAAGUAAAGCAAACUACUAUUAAGACAUUGCAACAAUAUAGAGUAUAUUCAUCUAUAAACACAGACGUGAUGCAUUUUCAUGUCCUAUACUGAAAUAAAGAUGUUUAGGUGUCUGAACAGUUUUUUAAAAAUCAGGCUUUUAGAAGAAAUUACCCAGUAGUGGCUUAUUUUUAUGUUUAGAGGAGGUCGGGGUGGAUGGACGGGUCAACAAAGCAUCACACUUUAACAUGGGAGAGAUUUUCUUUAACAGUGACCAUAAUCUGCCCCUAACUUUAACCAUGCAGAGCAGCUGAAGAGGGAUUUUUACAUUAUCAUGGAAACUUUUAGAUCUAUCAAUCUUAAAUGUCAUGAAUAUCUUUAUAAAUAUAAUACAAAUUUUAUGGUAGAAUUUCAGGCAAGAGAUGGUGGAGGAGAAAUUGAUGUAAAAAUUUGAUGAUCUGAGAUGGAAUGACUCGUAAAUGAACAUUAUUGUGAUUUGUUUUUAAAGGUAAAAGAUUUGGAUGUGGAUAAUUCCUGCACUUUAUAGAUAAAUCCAUUAAAAAGUAAUUCAAGUUAAAGUGUAUUCAUCUAUAAACACUGAUAUGUAGUCAAAUUUUCAUGUCCUACACUGAAAUAAGGAUGUUCGUGUCUGAAUGGGUAAGAAAUUACCCAGUGGUGGUUUAUUUCUGUGUUUAGAGGAGGUUGGGGUGGAUGGACGGGUCAACAUAAUGUCACAUUUUAACAUUAGAGACAUUUUUCUUUAACUGUGACCAUAAUCAGCCCUUACCUUUAACCAUGCAAAGCAGCUAAAGAGGGACUUUUAACCUUAAACAAGUAAUUUUUGUGCCUAAACUCAACCUUAACCAUCACAGCUUUCGAUUCACAACCAAAGAUUCCACUGAAUGUCUCCUUUUUAAACCACACAAGCACCUUUAGUGCCACAGCAGUAGGUGGAAAAGCUAAUGAAGUCCUGCACAGUGUAGAAAAUCCCCAAAUGAUGUAGUAGAUGAGGAAGUGCCCCAACUAGUAAAUCAGAAAAUAACGUAAUAAUUUCACUUGGUUGUAUCUCCAACACUAACUCUAGGCUCGAGGUCUUUCCUAGACUGAGCUGUCCGGACGCCGCCUGUUCAGAAAUAGCGUCCUGGACGUGUCGCUGCCUUCGUGGCCUCUGACUCGGAUUUACGGUCGCUGCAGUUUUGGCAUCUGUGGACCUCGUUUGUUCUGAGUUUCAGCUGCUGCCGUCCGUCGUCGGAUCAGCAAACACAAAGUAAACACACUUGAGUGCAGCUCAUGCAGUGUUGACUCAGACACACCUCUUCAUAUCGGGCUGCUCAGCUUGAGUUAGUCCGGACUGAAGGCCGAUGCAUAGUGAUCUCUAACACUCUCAACUCCAAGCAGCUUAUGGAAGUUUUUUUGCACGUUUUUCCUCAGCGUGGGCUUGUUUUUUUUAAAUUCCUGCACCUUUAUGGAAACAGAGAGAAUGGAGAAUGACAGAAAUCAUAAAGAAUAAAACAGUUAAUGGUUAAUUAAUGGUAAAUAUCACAUGCUGUAGAUAUUUUGCUAUUUAUUUAUUUAAAUUUUUACCACUUCUACCAACUCUGCAUUUUCAGUUUGCUCUGCACAUCAGCAGUAGAAAGAUGUUUCACCAUGCUGAAUGUAUCUUGUAACAGCUUCUCUGUUUCUGAGCCAUGCUGCAUUUAUUCUGUUGAUCCAGGAGGUUUGGUUUUCUUGCUGUUUCCUCUUUGCUCUGUGGAAACACUGCCUGCAGUUCAACCUGAAACCUGUUGGUCACAGCUGAGAUGGUCAUGGCUUCCCAGUUGUGCUGAGGAGAUGACAUUUAUUUGUUUUUACAGGAUCGGCUCACUGCAAAUGAUUAGUUUUUGGUAGAUUUCUGAAUUUUUGGCGAAAUUUUGUUGCAGUUUUAAGCUUCGAUUUAUCAAAUUUUACCAAUAGAACUGCAUUCCACAUGUGACUCAUUUAACCCUCGUGUCGUCCUGUGGGUCAAAAUUGACCUGUUUUAAAUUUGAAAAUGUUGAAAAAAAAUAUAUAUUUCCACAGCGAAACUUCUGAUGUCCACAUUUUCAACAUUUUUGGGAAAUCUAUGAACAUUUUUUGGUGGAAAAAAAGAAAUGUUAAAAAUGUUUAUUAAGAACAUUCACAAAAAAAUCAACCAAAAUCCAGUGAAAUUCGCUGGAUUUUGGUUGAUUUUUAUGUGAAUGUUCUUAAAGAAAAUAUAGGAAGUUUUACUGAUAUAUAUGGAAUCACUUUAGAUAUUUUUAGGAUUUUUUUUGAAGAUUUUUACUCAUUUUUAAAAAAUUUUCUUGCCAAAUUUGGGGGAUUUUUGAAAAAAAAAAAUAAAACUUUUAAGGGAAACUUUUCAGGACUUAUUGGAAUUUUCUUCCUGAAGGUUUUGCAAAUUUUCAGAAAUUUGGGGAAUUUUUUUGCUGAAUUUUUGGGGUUUUUUUUCAGACAGGGAAUCAAAAUUUUUUUCGUGCCCGUAAAUGAGGACAACAGGAGGGUUAAGGAUUGCUGUAAAGGGUUGUUUUUUUCUGUUUUUCUUGCUUCUAGAUACUAAUUGGUGUGAAGAAAACAAUGCCUUUUAUGGCUACUAGCACGUUCUUGGGUUCUGAGAGUUAAUUGGGUGCUACAGCAGGUCGUUUUGUCAUUUGAGCUACUGUUUGUGCCAUUAGUGAAGUUUUCACCGAUGAAAAGUUGGUGUAUAUUUCAGAGAUGGUCAUGGCUUUCUCAACAUUUCUUUGUUUUUUACAGGAUCCGUUUAGUGCAAGCAGUAAAUCUUUGGUAGAUUUGUGAAUUUCCGGUUAAAUUUUAGUGCAAUUUUAAGCUUAGAUUUAGCAAAUUUUUCCAAUGGAACUGCACUCCACCCAUGAUCCAUUUAAGGACUGUCAUAAAGGGGUCAUUAUUUUUUGUUUUUAUUGUUUUAUGGCGACUAAAUGGUGUGAAGAAAACAAUGCCUUUCAAGCCUGCUAGCACGUUCUUGGGUUCUGAGAGUUAACUGGUUGCUACAGCAGGUAGGGUUGUCAUUUGAGCUACUAUUUGUACCAUUAGUGCAGUUUUCACCAAUGAAAAGUUGGUGUGUAUUUUAGAGUUCUUGUUUUGUUAAUAUAUGGGGGGCACAGAGGGAAAGAAAAUGUUACACAAAUGGUUUAUUUUAUAAAUGAGACACUUAGAAUAAAGUGAUUUUAAUGAAAUAACAUUUAAAACUUACAUUUAAUUGUUUUAAUAACACGUGCCACGUGAUACGAUCAACAACAAUGAAAAUAAUUCUUCAACAGUUUAGCAGUUCUUUGUGUUUUCACAGUUUUAGACUCUGAUAAAUGGUGUCAUUUUGCCUUUUUGGUUUUCAAACCCACAAGUUGGUUUGUAAAUUCAAAUGAUUAAACUGUUCUUACUCAAGUGACACAAGAAUGUUAGUUAAUUGUGUAAUUUUUUUUUCAAUACUGAGAAAACUAUAUAGUUGGUUUUCGCUGGAUUUAUGUCGUCACUUCUUUCAACAUGAUAUAUUAAUAUUUAAACACACAAUCCAGGAUCCAGAUCUAACCAAACAGUUUGAAUUAGAGCUGCAACAGUUAUUUAAUGAGUUGUUAACCAUUAAAUUAAUCACCAGCAGUUUUGAUAAUCUAUUAAUCGGUUUGAGUAUUUUUAAAUAGAGGAAAAAUAAUUACAUUCUCUGAUUGCAGCUUCUUAAAUGUGAAUAUUUUCAGGUUUCUUUCCUCCUCUUUGACAUGAAAAUAGUUAUCUUUGAGUUGUGAGACCAUAAACUCACUCAGAAAAUGUUUACUGAGGAAGCAAAUCAAGUAAGAAAGGCCAUUUUCUUAUAGACGUGUAAUUAUUUUGCAACCAGAGGAGUCGCCCCCUGCUGGAGGGUCUGUGUUUCUGUAGUAGAGGAGGCUACGUUUUUAGGACUACAUUUCUAGGACCUUUUGUUUUUGAGACAGUGCUAAAUAGCCAUGAUAGAUAACAAUUGUAGCAUAAAUGUAAAUCAAAUUAGUUUAAUAUUUAACAGUUUUGAUGUCUUAGCUGGUGAGCAAAGUUAGCAUUAGCUUGCCAAAAGGUGAGUUAAAAUGAUUGUAGUCUUCAGGAACUACAAACAGCCAUCUUUUAGGUAACAAUAGCUUGCUACAAAAAUUAGCCUGUUUAUUGAAGUGCUAUUUUGGCUAGUCCAACUUUGUUUUAAUGGAAAUUAAAAACUGACAAAGUGCUGAAAAGUUGUUUACCCGCAACACAUGUUGUCAGCCAGUCUUUUCAUUUUGGCAAUGAUUUUGUCAUUUUUUUUUUAGCCAAUAUAAGUUGAUUAUGUGGACAUAAAUUAAAUCCAGGACAGAAAUUCAAAAAGUCUUUGGUCCAGUACUAAGAUUAGGCCUAAUUUUAUUUGACCAACUAUGCUUUUUCUUUUUAAAGAUGCACGAAAUGAUUUAAUAAAUACAAUUUUUGUCUAGUUUGAACAGAUGCGCCACAUUCUUUAGUAGUGUUUUGAACUUUAAAUCCACAGCUAAUACUAUUCUGGGUGGAAUAACCCUUUAAAACUGUAAGUUACCUACUUGAGUGAUCAACAAAAACAAAGGUCCUACUACUGCGGUCCUGAAACUGCAGCCAUAUAACGCCUGAAUGUUACCAAGAAUGUAGGUUUAAGGCUUCAUUCUUUAGAUCCGUCUUUUUUUUUAAACACAACUGAUACCUGCAAUAGAGUAAGAACAGGUGACUGCUGAGGUCUGUGAAUAUUCUGCCUCUUUAUUUCUGGCACACAUUCCGUAGUGUCUUAUCAUUUACAGUAAAUAUUUCCGAGCUGCUCUGUAUAUACUAAACAUCACUUGUUCCGACAGCUCAUGCCAGUCUGUGUUGUGAUUCACUGGGAGACUCCAUAAAGGGAAAAUAGGAGCAGUCCAACCUGAAAAAGUCAACCCAAAGUCGCGUUGCGUAAGACGGGGAGUGAAGACUGUUGUUUCAGUUUAUACUUUUGUAACUGAUGCAUGAGGAAGUUUUGUAAGAUGUUGAAGCUCAUGACUGUCAUUCACUUGCGUCAAAGGAAUUAAAUCACCAAAGUGGUCAAACACGU